UUGGCUGGCUGUCAUAUUUAGCUCCGCCUCCUCUCGUACACCUCGGAGGAAGAUGAGUAACCAGCAUCCAGGAUUGCUAAAUCAUGGCAACAUUUAUGGAAAGAUUUGCUUUUCUUCAGAAAGUCCCGACUCUGAUGAAGGCUACAGCAGAUGAUGAAAACCCCUGCCCUGGAUACCUUUUCCAAGACAUUGGGAAAAUCUCCCAUGAGUCGACAGGUUACGGCCAGUGUUUGUUGGAGUAUCUUCUUGAGAGGCUGCAAGUGGAGUCAUGCCAUGUCAAAAUAAAGGUCCUGAAGAUCUUUGUCCAUCUGUGCGGUCAUGGUUCAAACCAUUUCCUCACAGAACUGCGAAGGAACUCCACCUUCGUCCAGCAAGCAUCAGUUUACAGCGGCCCUCCUGAUCCUAUCCACGGCACAGCGUUGUACCAGAAAGUUAGAAGCACCGCACAGGAAGUGGCCAGGUUGCUUUUCACAGAUACAAUUUCCACCAAAGACAGCGUCUCCCCGCCCAACCUAGCCCCUCCAACAAUGGGAAUGGGCUCAGCAACCACACACAGGUCAGGAAUGCAGGGCUUUGGAUACAGUCCUGGGAAACAGGCAACAGCAGGCGGUGACUCUCUGCUGGAUAAGAUCCAGAAGGCUGCAGAGGUGGUGGCGAGCGCCGUCCUCCCCCCGACCGAACACCAGGGCAUCCGUCUCCACGACAACUACUACCGGGCCGUAGCAGCACCCUCAGCCCCCAUAGAGGUAGCAGUGCCGGCGUGUGCCUUGGCACAUGUCUUGACUAUUAUCCUGGCCCAAAUAAUUGCCAUUCGGUUCAUAACACUGUCCCAUAAUCCUCCUGUGUUUCCAGCAUCGACCCAGCGCUGCCCGGGUCAGGUGGGCGGCGGCUGGGAGGAGACGGACAGCAGCAACGGCUCCUCUCACAACUCCUCUCAGGACAUGGCGGCUAACGGCAAGUCUGCAACCGGGAGCCAAUCAGAAGCCAGUAGAGAGAGCAGCGGGGACCUAUCAGAGCGGGGGGAGGCGCUGCAGUUAGGGGACUGUGGCCAGGAGGUGGCGCUGAUCAGCAGACUGACCGAAGGACCCAAAGCUUUCCUGUCCAGAGAGGAGAGCCAGCACUUCAUCAAAGAGUGCUCCAUUCUCAACUGUGAGGUGGUGGUGGAGUUGCUCUCAAGCAAGCUUCAGGAUCCCUCAAACACCGUUCAGAUGCGGGCACUGUGUGCUGUAUCCUGCCUGAUGACCUCUGACCUCCUCUCUCUGGAACAAAUGUUUGCAGCUACACAACGGCGGCUCCGUCAGCUGAGUGAGGGGCCUCCGGGGCCCGUGGCCAACAAAGCCACCAAGAUCCUGCGUCAGUUUGAGGCUCUGAUUGGUGGAUCUGCUCACGCUCCGAGGCAGGAAGCAGCAAACAGCAGCCAUCAGGAAACAUGUCACCGGCUUCCUGCAGCCACAUACUUAGACCCUUUACUACCAACCCAGUCUGCUACCAACACCACCCUUCAUCAGCUCCACAUCUCACCCACUGGUGUCCCCCCACCACCAAAUCACCCAUCUUCUCCCUCUGGUCCGGAGGUCCAGAUAGACUCCUCAGUGGAGCUGAUGAAUGACGAUGAAGAGGAGAAACUUCCUCCCGUUCUGACCGAGUCAAUGCAGAACCAGGCGGAGCCGAACAGGACUGCCGAGGUUCAAUCUGUCGCUGAAGAACCAGAGCUUCACACAGAUAGCUUCUCGUCAGCGGAGCCUCAGAGUGAGCAGCCCUGUCUGAGCAGACUGUCUCUGUUCAGCGGGAUGCAGCUGGUCACCAAGGCAACGCCGCUGUGUAAAAGACAGACAUCCCAGAAUGAGAUGGACACGAUGGCCGACAGCUUAAAGGAGAAUCAAGCUCUGCAGAACGGCAGCAAAACCAGUGAUGACACUGCUUUCAUUUGCACUUCAGUCGCAUGUGACAGCAGCCAACCAGUGUCGGCCUUUUCCUUUCUCAACUUUUGACCAACUUUACACAGCUUGAGCUGUCGCAGUUAAGCCAAUGAUGUCAUUAAGUUAGGAAAUCUAUUGAAUUCAAAAUCAAGAUUAUACAGACAGCAGAUUUACAUUAUGUUUGGAUCUUCUGUCUAUCAGUACGGUGCCUCGUUGGGUAAUGUCUUCAAGCAGCAGAGACAGAGAUAUUGUCCUUUAGAGUCCACAGCUGAGAAACCCCUUAACUCUUCAGACAUGAGGGCUUUGCUGGAUGCCGUUUGUAGGUUGAGGCCUAAUUUUCCUAAUAAGUAUUUAACAAUAAUGCUUGAAUUACAGGUUGUUAUUAUAAACAGUUGCUUUGUCUCAGGAUUGCGUUUAACUAACAAAAACAAACUAACGCCUCGGCAGCGAGCGCUAAACCUCCGAGGGAGAACGCCCUCGAUUUGUUAUUUGCACAGUUGCUUUUCUUAUGGACUCAUAAAUCUGAGAGUGGUCUUCCAUAUUUUUUGGUACUUACCUCGUACAGUAUGUCAGUGUAAACGUCAUGAGUGUUAGUUUACAACCUAUUUAUUGCGUCUACCCUGUACUGAUGAAUCCAUAACCCAUCUGAGAGUGCAUGUGAAGAUACGUUUGAAGAACUAAUGGAGGAAUUUAUUAUUUAGGUAUUUUGUGUGCUCUGUAAACCUGAAAAGUUACCAUAACUCCAAAAAAUGUAAGGUAUCUGAUUGCCUUAGUUCUUUAAAGUUGAUGUACUUAAAUGUUUUCAGACCUUUAAUAUUAUACAUCAAACGCCGAAAAUGAAGUGUCACCUUACUGCAGGCAUUUAUGGUGCUUUCCUGCGUGCCGUUAGUGACAUCAGACGCAUGGACACAAGAAACAAGUACAGAGAAAUGUAUACUUUUAAUUAGUGCUCACUUAAUCUGCAAAAUAGUCCAAGUAAAUAACAGAUGAUUUGUUAAAUGAACAAAACUAAGAAAUAUCACAAGAAGUCCACAUAUUCCCGUUAGAAGAACUUUUUACUAAUGUUAGUGUACACUACUUAAUCUUUCAAAUGAUUGUCAACAUUUGGGUUUACAGUGUACAUAAAGCAGAUUAUCAACAAUUUAGAAACAGUUGUUUGUGUAACCAAAUAAAAGGCAGAUUACGUUUUAAUCGUUGUUCCAGUCACACACACUGUACUGCAGUGUCGAGGAAUGUGGUUUACACUACACGCCAAAAUGGUAAUCCAGCCUACCGAUAUGUACAAAGAACGAUACUGAUGUAUUUCAUUUCAGUGAACAUGAACUAUGCCGAGUAACAAUAAAACCUGCUGUGUUUCUUCCAGCACCAACUGAAACAAAUGUAAUACUGCAGACCCGGCUUUCAGCAACGCCUUUAUUUUUCAAUGUCCUAUGUUUAGGAAAAUUACAUAAAAUAUGAGUCACUUCCACAUCUCUCAUUUUAUUUGCAACACAGUGUACUGGUCAUUUUCAACCCAUACAUACAACAGGUAUGGCUGACAGGCGCAUACACACACAGACGAUGUGUCGAAUGUUAAACACAUGGUUACAAACAGCGCUUUCUCUCCGGGCUGUUUCAGUGAGACGCUCUGUUCCUGACACCGCCUGAAACGCAGAGUCCUCUCACGGCUCUAUAAUUAGCUGGCGUCUAA